AUGAGCGGUGCUGUCUCUAUGGAGGAAUUGGAGCGGCUUGCGCUCGGGUACAAGAAUAAGAUCGAGCAGGUAUACGAAGGCGUGUACCACAAUGAGAGCGAUCUGCUAACUGAUAUUUUGCACAAUCUGAUCCCGCGCUUGGGCGGCGAUGAUGUGCACCUAUUUUGUAAUCGUCACUUUCAACCCGUAGCGGUCUUCUCCUUGACGUUGUUCUCAUUCCAGAAUCACCCGGAAGCCGUGCAGUGGCUCCAAGCGCGUUUGAAUGCGCCACUGAGUCGGUGUAGGGAAUGCGUCACCCAGUUUGUGAAGGGGAAGUCCAAGAUGAUCCAGCAUUUCGCGGUAAAUCGGCGUAUUCCGCACGCGAAGGUGGGAAGCUUCAACGAGUUGAUCUGCAUGUGGCGGGCGCAGAUGGUUCUUCCACUGCUGCGAGACUUUGAUGCCUGCAAAGUAUCAGAUGCUGUUAUUCUGGCGAUGUAUGAGAUACUGCUGAAUCCGCAGAUGCUCCGGUGCUCGCCGGAACUCAAGUACUACUAUGAUCUAGCAUUCAAGGGCAUGUAUGAGACGGGACAUGAGCUUUUAGACCACACAAAAGAACAAGGUAUCAAUCUGCUCGUACCUGGAGUCGUAUAUUCACAGAUGUACGGCUGCCCUGAACAGAGUUCUUGGGCAACACGUCUCUUGCGGCACUUCUUCGAGAACGAAUACUCAAUCACAAAUGAAAACGUGACAACCGAACUGCUUGACGAAAUCACCUAUCAUUUUAUUCAGUUACAGUUGAGCAGGAGCAACAGCUCGUAUUUGAGCAUGAUUGGACUAUUCUGGAGCAAGAUGUGCCCGUUCUUUGCGCUGAUGCAUGUUGAUGUCUUAAAGGAGUACUUUAUUGAGCUCAAGAAUAUUAAGUCAUUGCGGUCCACGACUAAUGUUCAUAUUGAAUCUGUUUUCAAGGUAUUUUAUCACCAUCUCAUAAUGCAGGUAAGAUCAAAACCGUUGGAUAUUCUGCUCCGUAUUUUGAAAUUAUUCCUGGAAAAGCUAGGGCCUGAGUUUUGGGAUUUGGUUCAGCCAUACACUUUCCAUAGCGCUCCAGAUACUCUCUUUAACGGUGACUUCACCAACUGCAUACUGCGCCUGCAGAAUAAUCCAAUAUGCAAGGAGGGACCGGAUACUUGGUUGCACCCUGAAGGUUCUAUUUCUGAUCUUGUUAUGUGGACCCUUCCAUAUUAUAGAUCAUUGUCCAAGGCAUACAAGAUACAAAUGGUCAGGAAGAUUGCCUUCGGAUUCCUUGGAGUUGUGAAUUCAUCAUCAUUUAUUCAUUCUGUUCCAAAAGGUCUUUUAAUGAAUGCGGCUACGCUACUGCUGAACCAAUCUCUAAAAAUCGAUGAGGAAAGUAGAGCAUUGUUAUAUUCGUCUGAUGGCAACUUUGAAACAACCAUUUUUACCAUCGCUGAUGUUAGAAACCCAUUGAACAAUGAAGCCACUUUGAAGACAGUUGUGGACACUGCUACAAACCCAGAUGCAUUAUACCCCGGGUUUCCUACUGCUUCCAUUUCCAACUCGGCUAUAGAAGUACUAGCAAACUGUGUGAAUGUUGAUAUUUUGAAUUUGUGCGAGACCACCUAUAAGCUGUAUUAUGGGAAAGUUCCCAAUCCAAAGACUACACAUGAGGUAAAGGUCAGCACGUUAUUGAUCACAAAGUUGGUCAGUAGUUUGAACCUACGUAUGGAUGCGACGUGUAAUUCAAAAGCAGCUGCAUUACUUGGCUCGCUAAGAAACGUGAAUGGCUUGCUAGUCCUGAAGGAUAAUGGUGAUAAGCACUCAAUUCAGCAAAACCAUAUGACACAAAAGUAUUUGGAAUUGAUAAUACAGUUAAUUGGGAAGUGUUCUGAGAUACCGCCUAGGACGAUGAGCUCAGUUUUAUCCAUGAAGGGCGCUAUUGAAGGUUUUUGGUCAUGUAUAUUUUCCCCAGGGCAAGAGUUAUACCAAGAGGCAACUAAUUUGCUGUAUGAAACAUUCGAUGUGGAGGGGCGUCUUGAAGGUUUUCAAGAGUUAUUUAACCACAACCUGACAGGUAAUCUUCAAGCGAUAUGUAUGGUCCUGAACCAGCUCAUUAAGAAUGAAUUUUAUGAACCUUGUCCAAGAGCUGUAAGAGUGUUAAUGGAUGUCAUCAAUGUUUUCACAGAUCCCGUUAGCGGAAUGUUUGCAAAUUAUAAGACAUUAAAAACUGCGGAAACAGAUGCUUCGCUUUUUGCCUUUUGGAAGGAUACCUGGAAGUUUUUAGACAUGAUCUACCGUGUAACGUUAAGAUGGGCUACAAAAUACCCAUACACCGAGUUAGAAAACUUUACCAAGGAUACUCUGGAGAUAAGCAACCUGCUAAUGAAUUCCUACCGCGAAUUUGCCGACAUUAUAACAAGAGACUCUACUAAUAAUGACGAUGACUUAUUCAAAUGUGCGAUGAGCCCGUUCAAGCACAUGUUAUAUUGGCUAAGAUUGAGUGAUGAGGAUUUAUUAGCGUCUUGUGUUAACCUAAUCGUCUCUGCUGCGGACUUGUCGAAGGAAAAGAACUUCACGUUCGAUGAUUCAUUAGUUUCUGAGAUGGCUUGUUAUGCCAGCAAAUCCCGAAAAUACCUUAACAAACUCACUAGCCAACAGUCAAAUUUACUGCUUUCUAGGGCCAAGUAUUUCAAUGAGAAAUUGACGGAAACCAUCAUACAAGAUGCGGAUAAGUACCAUAAAGAAAAAGAACAAGCGAAGAAAGAUAGUUCUCCAGAUGUUAUCGUAUCAUCAUCUCAUAGCGUAACACAAAUGGCGCAACCUCAGCAAAGGGUAGAUUAUCUACAACGUAAGGCAGUUGCGUCGUCUAUCACUGGCCGUCCAAAGGUUCAGAGCUCAAUAACAUCUUUUGGUGUGCUCAAACGUGGUUUUGUUUCUGCUCCGUCUAUACCCCCAAAACCACUAUCUAAGAUGGAGCUUGAAAGGAGAAAACUUCUGGCAGAUCGUGUAGUGCAUCCCCCUAGCCAAAAUGUCUUUAAUCCUAGGUCAAAAAAACAGCUGAAAGGACAUGAAGACGGUGAUAGUAGCAGUGAAAAUAGUGAUAUCGACGAUGCUAAUGAGUUAUUUGCUAUUGCAAAACCUAAGCAAAGAUCUACCCCAGUAUUAUUAGAUAUCAAUGGAAAAGAAGUACGUCCUCAGAAAUCUAAGAUUGAUAUAAAGAAGCAGGAAGAAGAGUUUAUGCGCAAGAGAUUAAAUGUUGACUUGAAUCCAUUUUAUGAUCAGGUUCUGCGCUGGGAUUACACGAAGAAGGACGAAUACCCAGAUGAUGGUACUUCGGAGAAGUACAAAGAUGUUGCAGACCAGUUUAGUUCACCAGAAGAAUACCAGGCAGUAAUGGAACCACUAUUACUAUUGGAAUGUUGGCAAGGUAUGUGUGCUGCUCGUGAUAGAGAAGUUCAUAAAGCCUUUAGCUUUAUCGUUGGGAAUAGAACAGUAGUCUCUGAUUUCUAUGAGGUUUACGCAGCCAUCAGUAAGAAGGUGGUCCAACAAGCUGAUAUUAAUGAAGCGGAUAUGAUAGUCUUGGGAUAUUUCCCUGACAUCAAUCCAAAUAAAACGCUAACCAACGACGAUUUUAAAAGAGCACAACACACCUGCUUUGCGAAGGUUCGUGGAAUUAAAAAUGCAAAAGGUGAUAAUAUGGAUCUAACUUUAAGAAUUCAUCGUAGUCAUAAAUUUGCUAAUUUUUUGACUCUGCGGACAGAAAUACACGCUGUUAAAGUGAUGCAAAUGACUACUGUUGAAAGAGAAUAUACCUCUUUGAAGGGCCUUCCAUUUUACGACUUAGUUGGUCAGAUUUUAACUGCCAGUCCCACGGAUGACAUUCCACUUGAACAGUCAGAAGUCGAGGCCGUACAGCGAAACUAUAAGCUAAAUACAUCCCAAGCGAAGGCCGUGAUUUCUUCAGUGAAGAAACUGGGCUUCUCUCUUAUCCAGGGACCCCCUGGUACUGGUAAGACUAAGACUAUUCUUGGUGUCGUCGGCUUUUUCCUAACUACCGCAAAAGCACUACCAUCAAAUGUUAUCAGAAAUCCCACAGAAUCGAACGCUACCUCUACUGAGAUGUUACUACAGAAACAAAAAGUUCUGAUAUGUGCACCCAGUAAUGCAGCCGUUGACGAGCUUGUGUUGCGUCUGAGAGAAGGUUUGGUCGAUACUGACGGCAAGUUGUUCAAACCAAAAUUAGUGCGGAUUGGUAAAUCAGAUGCAGUUAACGCUGCUAUCAGAGACCUAACGUUGGAAGAGCUGGUUGACAAGCGAGCUUUGAAUCAGUCGUACGAAAUAAAUCACGAUCCGAACUUAGAUCAGAGUUUUCAUGACGCCGUAGCGGAGAGGAGAAAGCUCAGGGAUAUGAUGAAUAAAGAGGAUGGUUCGCCGACUAGUAAACUCUCAACUGAUGAGAUAUCUAAGAUACAGCUAAAGUUGAGGGACUUGAGCAAGAAGAUUAAUGAGCUAGGUAAGCAGCGCGAUGAGCUGAGGGAAAGGAAUGCGGUGAAUUAUAGAAAUAGAGAAUUGAAUAAGAGGAAAGCUCAGGCACGCAUCCUUGCAGAAAGCGAUAUCAUAUGUUCCACAUUGUCGGGAUCCGCCCACGAUGUUUUGGCUUCCUUGGGUGUCAAAUUCGAUACAGUGAUCGUGGACGAAGCAUGUCAAUGUACUGAACUAUCCAGUAUUAUUCCUCUAAGAUAUGGCGGAAAGAGAUGCAUUAUGGUCGGUGAUCCAAAUCAAUUGCCUCCGACCGUAUUAUCCGGCGCAGCCAGUAACUUCAAGUAUAACCAGUCGCUGUUUGUGAGAAUGGAGAAAAACUGCAAGCCCCACUUGCUGGACGUGCAGUACCGUAUGCAUUCAAUGAUUAGCGCAUUCCCUUCUUUAGAAUUCUAUGAUGGGAGAUUAAAAAAUGGUCCGAACAUGGAUCAGGUGAACACCCGGCCAUGGCACGAGUCUCAGCCAUUUGGACCCUACAGGUUUUUUGACAUUAUCACGGGUAAGCAGCAGCAAAAUGCGAAAACCAUGUCUUAUGUCAAUUAUGAUGAAUGCCAAGUUUCCAUUGAGAUGAUCGACAAAUUGCUGAGUCAAUACGAAAAGAAGGUAGACUUUUCAGGAAAAAUUGGUAUCAUUUCGCCGUACAGAGAGCAGAUGCAGAUGAUGAAGCGAGCAUUUCGGAGCUAUUUUGGCGGAACCAUAUUCAAGUAUAUUGACUUCAACACUAUUGAUGGAUUCCAGGGACAGGAGAAGGAGAUCAUCAUUAUUUCCUGCGUUCGUGCCGACGAUUCGAAGGGCGGGGUCGGUUUCUUGAAGGAUUUCAGGCGUAUGAAUGUUGCUCUCACCAGAGCAAAGGCCAGUCUCUGGAUCCUGGGUCACCAUAAAUCUUUAUACAAGAACAAGCUAUGGAUGCAUUUGAUUUCAGAUGCGAAAGGGCGUGACUGCCUCCAAAUGGCAUGUCCGGGCUUCCUUGAUCCACGGAACAGAGCCGCCCAGGAUGCUCUUCAUAGGUUCAAAAAUCACCAUAAUUAUAUCGAGAACGCAGAUGAUUAUGGGCCUGAACCGGUGAUGACUAAAUCAAGAGGACGCAAUAGAUCAUCCAGAAAACGCAAACAUAUGGAAGAUAAUCCAGAUGAUAACUACGAUCCCGUUGCUGAAUUCAAGAAGGAAAAUCAAAGAGAAAGCAACACAGGCACCGGUGGUUACCGUGCGGAUACAUCUAACCACAGAUUGGCACCUGCUAGGAACGAUAGCAAGAAGGCCAAGACGUGCUCCAAUGCCGCCGGUAUUUCCGAGGCUACUUCAGAGGAUGGUGAUCGAGGUCAGAAAGGACAUGGAACUAAGAAGAAGUCUUCCAUAUUCGGGAAUUUUAUGCCCCCAGUUGAUGACGCGACCCCUGCUGCCCAUGUGUACGACCCUAAGGAACGCAAGCCCAAGAAUGCUGCAUCCGCUAAGCGGCUGGCCUUGGGAGCAGAAGGCGGGACAAAAUCAGCCAGGCAUAUUAGUUUUUCAGAAAAUGUGUCGUUUAUUGAUUCAAAAGAAUCGUCAAAGGACUGA